AAAGUACGUAUGUGUGCGUACGUGUGUUUACAGUUCACCAAAUCAUUUCAUUGUUGUGGUCCUCCGCAUCAAAAAUGUGAAUUAUUUUUGUUUUAUUUCGAAUCAAAUGGAUUUUGAGUGCAAUUCAGAGUUAAUUGUGUGAUUCCAAAGAGCUUUUACUGAAGCGUAUGGUUUAAAGUGGUGUAAAAUGUAAUCGUGCAUCCAGCACUGUUUUAUAAUCCCUAAUCAGGCCUAUCCUGUCAAUUUCUGGAACAAACUCUGCCUAAUGUUGCAUUAUAUGAUCAACCAGCAUAGCAGGUCCAGGUCAGGAUAUGGGAGCUCAACGGACGAGGAUUCGGACGUUUCCGGUCAGUCGGACCGGGACACGAUGGACGGACCCGACUAUCAGUCGAAUCACGCCCACGUAGACGACAUCUCUUCCUCGGACGUCACCGCCUCCCGAGUCGCCGUCGUGAACCGAGGGCGCUGGUCAAAAUCAGAGGACUCACGACUGAAACAACUGGUGGAAGAAUUAGGCGAGAGAUGGGAUCUAAUUUCAGAUAACAUGCAAGACAGAUCUGACAUGCAAUGUCAACAGAGGUGGAAUAAAGUCGUUAAUCCAGAACUGGUAAAAGGACCAUGGACCAAAGAGGAGGAUGAGACUGUGAUCAAACUUGUGGACCGGUACGGACCCAAAAAGUGGACUCUAAUCGCAAGACACUUGAAAGGCAGGAUCGGAAAGCAGUGCAGAGAAAGGUGGCACAAUCAUCUUAAUCCGAACAUCAUAAAAACGGCCUGGACUGAGGAUGAAGAUAGGAUCAUCUAUCAAGCUCAUCAGCAGUGGGGCAACCAAUGGGCAAAAAUUGCAAAACUUUUGCCCGGCAGGACGGACAAUGCAAUAAAAAAUCAUUGGAAUUCAACUAUGAGAAGGAAAUAUGACCCUGAAGAUAGGCGCAAGGAUAAUGACACAUUAAUAGCGCUGAAGCAGAAGGCGAGGCGGAAUUUCCGACAGCAACAGCAGCAGCGCCAACAACAGCAACAACUAGAAAAAACAUCUAACGUCAAUAUCAGGUUCAUUCAAGCUCAAGUGAAAACCAAUAAUAGCAAUACUGAGUACUAUUCUUCCUCUCCUCAGCAAGAGUUUGUCUCUGUCAAUGAUUUGAUGUCUUCAAAUUACUCCUCCUGGCCUAGCAAUAAGUGUAACACUAACUCUAGUGAUGUAUCUACCUCAAAACAAGAGACUGUGACUUCGAGCACUCCUAGUUAUAUAACUAAUCUUAAAGUGGAAUCCCCACCAAGACCUCAUUCGUCACCUCAGACUAUGUCUAUCUCACCAUUCAGUUACUUUGACAUGGAAGGUGCUUUCAUGCAAGAAACAAAUGCUGCAUCUGCAGCCUUAUCUCCGGAUGAAGGUUUCGGAGAUCUUCAAAUGAGUGAAUUAUGCAAAGGAGGUUCUAAAAAUAGUACACCUGACAAAAGGUUUAACCCCUUCUUAAGUUCCGGUUUUAAAAUUUCACCACAAUCACCUCUAAGUAGGCGGCAAAUGUGGGCUAGGAGAAGACGCUCACUCUCCGAUUGCACAGAUUUCACACCGGAUAAAAGUCAUCAUGAUCCGUUGCUGAGUUCAGCCAACGAGAUAACGGAUAUCAGUAUAGGUGGCCAGUGCACUCCAAAGAAAAUGACUCCCAUCAAACAAUUACCCUUUAGCCCUUCCCAGUUUUUAAAUAGCCCCAACUUAUCUUUCGAUGUUCUAUCGUCGACCCCGGUGAAAAGUGGGAUGUUGACUUCCCACAAAUUGUGCGGGUGCAAAAGCCCAGAUGUUUUGGUUACCCCAAAUCCAACUCUACCCUUGCAACAAACCAAAAAACAACAAGCAGCCAAAAAUGGUGAUGAGUCCCCCUGUGCAACCCCGAAACAUUCCCAUUCAAAUUUCACUCCACGGACCCCAACUCCUUUCAAGAAUGCGUUAGCAGAAAUGGAAAAAAUUGGUGCUAAGUACAUGGCGCAUACUCCUACAAGGCUGGUCGAAGACAUAACAGAAAUAAUUAAAAAAGAACAACUUAGUCAGUACGAUUCUAACUACGAGACUGAUAUGUCAAGCAUCGCUCAGCACGAAGAUAGUGGUUACAGCACCUUGAAAAGGAAGCUGGUCUUACUCCAUUCCGGGAAAGAGAACACAUUACCUCAUAAACGGGUUCGAAAAGCCCUGGCACCCAGCUGGAAUAGCCUGGGAAAUGGGGAUGACAGUGGGAUGAAAUCUGUACCGAGUGAAUCCUCCGUACUCUUUUCACCACCGUCCAUCACACGAGACACAUUAGUUGAGGAUCUUUUCGGGGAGCGGUUAAUGUCCAAUGCCUCUACAAUCUCUCCUGACGUCCCGUCGGUAUCAACAGUGCAGUCAAUAAAAAACCCUCCCCUUUGCGGAGCACCAACGAAACGCUCAGUCGUCAAACGCAUCGAAUUCUCUCCAUCAUCACCCGAAAGAAAGCCCAGUCAUCAAGACCGAGCCCGGUCACUAUUCAAGUUGGAUGUGAGGUGGGAAGAAAUCCUCUUUGGGAAGACAUUGGAUCAAGUUGCACUAACGAAGCAGGCUCAUCAGCUGGUGGAACACAGUAACAACAUCAAAAAAGAAACGUCAAGUGGUAGCGAUACGGAUAGUCUGGUCAGAAUACCUUUGACAAAUCAACAAAUUUAUAAUACCAUCCGUUCAUUUCACGCCUUUGAUCUUCUUUGCGACGAAGGGUCGAAAACGUAGCAUGAGAGCGCAUAGAAUGUCACGUAACUUUAAUACUCAAUUGUGCAAAAAUUAUAUGUUUGCAAUUGCAAUUCAUUUUAAUUUCUCUCCUCAUCAUUAUUUAUUUAUAUAUUUAUUGAUUUCAUAUUUAUUUAUUUGUGUUGGAACUUUGAAUUUUGCGUGAGCAUUAUUUUACAGAGUAUUUUUAAAUAUUAUUGUUUUAUUUUCAAAGAAGUCUGUAGCUUUAACUACGAUUUCCAUUAAUUUACGCUUUCUGUAAGGAGAUACAAUUUUAAAAUGAACAAAAAAUUAUUGUUUGAAUUACUGUGCACUGAUAAGUGAUUACAUUAGAUCUAAUGUAACUUGAUUCGAACCAUUUAGUCUAAUUUCCUAUCAAAACAUCAUGGCCUUUUACUACAAAACUUUUCCUCUUCCUUUGUGAUGAAGAUUAUUCCAAAUGAAUUUUUCAAUUUUCUCUAAGGAAUCAUCCCUCAGAGAUAUUUGUACCUUUUUCUAGUAAUCUAAAUGUGCUAGGAUAGGAUUUUUUCAUAAGUAAAUUUCAACCAAGAAAUUAAUAGUCAAAUAGUUCAAAAACCAAUCUUGUUAUCAUAAUAAUGCAUUAGAAUACAUUCUUAUUUUAUGCUUAUAGAUUAAAAAUUAAUACUUUUUAAGUUCUCCAAUUUUUUGUUGUUGCCAUUUCAUUACGUUAAAAUUGUCUCUGGUUGAAAUUCAACUCUUGUUGCGAGAAAGAAAAGUAACUGAAGUUAAAAAAGUGAAAGCAUCAUAACUUCACAUACUCAAUAGCACUGAUGUCUUUUGUCUUUCUUCUCUCUGUUGUUUCACCAAAAUAUGGAAUGAUAUAGAAGGAUAAACAAUUUUGGUCACAAUUGAAUGAAUUUAUCUGUAAUCAGCUCAACUGUAUACCUAUUAUGUUCCCAAAUUUCUUAUCAUGUUUAAAUUUUACAUCAUAGAACUAAUCAACAGAGUUACUUGACAAUUGCUCCGAAUUUCCCUAAAAUUGUGAAGAAUAUAUUCACAAAAUUUCAAGUCAUCAUGUUGUUCAGUCAUCUGGUUAAAAAAUAAAAUAUGAAAAGAAAUUAGGCAAUUUCUUAUGUAGUUAGGCUAAUUCUGACGAAAUCCGAUUAAUUCUGAUUCUCGUGUUGAGUAAAUCAGAAAGAAACCAUGUAUCGAUGGCGUAUCUACCAAUCCAUGAAUCUUGUGUGCAGUGUUUGAAAAUUUCUGCUUUCAUUUAAUUUUCAAAGAAAAUACUGUUUGACAUUUUUGUGCAAAAUUUUCAGAGCAUAUUCUAGAAAGAACAAGAUAAAAUUAGUCAAGAUUUUAUACCAAAAAAAAUCUUGCCUCCUUUAAAAUUGUAAAAUGUAAAAGGAGAUUUGCAACAUUGCAAAUGGAGAUACAAGAGAGAUUCAUGGUUUGGGAAUUUUACCAUCGAUGUUUUCAUUCUCAAAUAAUGUUAUGCAAACUCAGGUAUUAAACUUCUUAUAGUCUGUGAAACGAAGAUUUUGUUUUUCAUAUUUUUUAACUUUAUUGCAACCGAUAAAAUUCAUUUUCAGCUCUAUGUAUGUUUUGAAUGCCACUUUUUAUCUUAGCAUGUUUACUCGUUAGCAUGUGGAAAAUGUCUGUGGUUAUUUAUUCAAAUGAAAAAAUACUGUUUAUUGACUCAAUUAUAACUCUCAAUUAAAUUUUAAUUACCUUUUUCCAACGCUUUCAGCUAUGGUAAGUUUUAUGACCACUAUAUCAAAAGUUUUUUUACAAUUUUUUCUCUUCGAUUCUUGCCAUCAUUUGAAGUAGCAAAGGAGUCUUUCUGCCAAAGGAAAUUUUACAUAGAAAGAUUUUAAUGGGCCACCAGACAAGCUCUUAGCUAGCAAAAAAGUACCGAGUCUCUCUUCAAAAUCUUAAACAGAAAACAAUUCACACAAAGAUUAGAUAGAAUGUCAACUCCUGAGAGAGGUAUCAUCAAAUAUUUUUAUCAUAGAAUUCAUACUUUGUCUAGAAGCCCAUUCGAAGCAUAAUAAUUUUGGCUGCGUUUUGGCUGCUUGUAAAGUGUAUCAGGGCCCCCCGUAAGGAAGAAACUUUAUUUUUACCAAAUCAUAAUAUUGUAUAUGCUGUAAUCAGUUGAGUAGCUUGUAACUUUUAGAUUUAAAGAACCUCAUAGUGUGUGUAUAUCUUGUACUGUAUAAACUCUCAAAAUAUCACUUGUACAAUUAGCCUAGAUGUAGCUAUUUAAAUCCAACAAUUUUUGUAAGAACAGCCAAAAAGAAAACAAUUCUGAAUAGUAACUUUAUUUUGUAUUUUCACGGGGUAUGAAUGGAAACCCAAUGAAGGAGAAAGAAUUAUAAUUGUUUUAUCUCACUAUUACUCUGAUAAAUUUACACUCAAGUUGACCUGUCCUUGACCUCUUUUCUUGUUUUUAAAGAUUUUACAAAAGCUGAAUGAAGCAGAAAGGAACUGAACCGAGAUUUUGCUUAAGGGCCCAAUCACCAAACUACUUUUCGAGAAAUAUUGGGAGAAUUGUACCAUUCGGCAAGCGCUCAAUCUUUGGAGACCAAAAAAAGUAUGUGUCUAAAAAUUAUCCAUUGACACAAGGCUCAAAAGAUUGAAUGCACGCUGUAUAGUCCUCUUUUUUUCAUUUUCUUGAGACGGAUUUUGGUGCUUUUUGGAUUUUGGGUCCUGAAGAAAAAUUUAGGUUCAAUUGACAGAAGGCCCAGAGUCUAAAUCAUGAUUAUUAGUUUUGUACACCAUUCUGUGUACAGAAGUACGUUCAAGCUCUGACUACGAUGAAAAGUAGACUUUUUCAUUUGAAAAUUUGUUUUCUUUUCAUUUGAAUUUUCAUUUAUUCAUCAUUGGUUUCAGUCGCAUCUUCUCUUAAAAGAUAAUGAAAUGGAAAUUUAGUUAUCUUUUUCUCUUUUUCUGCCUGACUAUUUUAUAACCAAGUCUAAAUGUUAGGAACAAAUUGGAAUAUAUUCUUUUUGUUUUUAUGACGCUCAAUUAUUCUAUUUUGUAACUUAUUUUUAACUCAAUGAGUAAGGAUAUCGCUGCAGGUCAACAUAAAGCCAAUCCAUCGUUACAUUCAGGAUUUGUUGUUUCAGAUUUUUUGCAACAUUAAAAUAGGUCAAUCUGAAAUCCAUUAUCUGCUUUUGAGGAAAUUUCUUCUUGAAGCCUCAUUACUGUAACUGUAACAGUGCAAUAUUUCCUAGAGUCAGUUACUGAACAAUCCUUGUAAAAGAAUAAAAAACAAGUUUUCUUUUUUCCCACUGCAUACUUCGGUUCUACUUUAUCGAUCACUGAUUUUAAGUACUACCGGUCCAUUAUCCUUCGCCUGUAGAAUCCGUUUUUCCAGAAUGGAAUUUUUACUCACCCGUGAGUAAAUCCUCGUGUUACUUACUUUUGUGGUUUUUUUUUUUUUUUGGUUUUCAAUUUUUAUUUUGCGUGUUUUUUGUUGUCAAUGUUAAAAUAUUUUAUUGUGUAAUAAUUUUACCCAUAAUCUUCUGUAACCUCUAAAUUUGUAAUCAACUGCUCUCGGUGACUUCAAUAGCAUUGAUGCUCAAUGUACAAUAAAUGUCUAAUUAUUUCAUUAUUUCAUUGUAACAUAUUCAUUUUUUUUCUUUGCACGAUUUUAAUCUGAAUUAUUGCAAAGGAGGCAGUUCCCUAAAACAAACUAAAGAGUGGGCAUGUCAAGUGCAUGUAUUUCAGUUAAUUCUAUUUUUAAGUUUGUCCAAGGCGGUGGUUAUUUGGUGUCUUGUUCCAAAAUCUGUCCGGCAAUACUAGUAUCUAAACCCUAAAAACAUGGAUCUGAAUGCGCCACAUCUCAAAUUCUCAGGCUUACUUUACUUUUUAAAAAUGAAAACUAAUUAAAAUUCUACCCAUGGCCAAAGUCCAAAAAUGCGUAUCCUAGAUUGUGACGUUAAAAGUCUCUGCUCAUGAUUCAAUUUUCAAAAAGAAACCAACCAGCAGUUUCUGUUGAAAUUUUCUUCAGAACAAAGUAAAAUGCAAGAAAUAAUUCGAUUUGUUUUCUUUGAAAAAAAUACAAGACUUAUCGGAGAUUUUUAAAUGUUGCAGUUGUGAAACGCAUUUUUGGCAUUAGUCAUCGAUAUCUUGAAAGUUUCUGUGAUGUUAUCUGGUUUCUCCAAGCCCAUUUUGUAAAAACAAAUGGAAUUUUCUUUCUUUUUUUUCAAAAAAAAAUGAAGUAGUGAAUAAAUUUCUUUUAAUAUAUCAUGCCUGCUAUCUUGAGCCCAAUGUUUAGCUUUUCAAAUGGUAAAUUUUCUGCCUCUACAUUUGUAUUCUACCACUUGAUUUUUCCUACGCUGUACUUAACUUUUAAAUCAGACGCAAAGUUACGAAUCAAUUUAAUAUUUUGAAAAUUUUUAUGUUCCUUCGUCUGUCAUCUGUUAUAAUUAUCAUCUUGUCUGCAAAAGUACAAAAGAUUCAUCACAUUUUCUCCUUUACCAAUCUCAUCUCUCAAAAUUUGUGUCUUUGUAUUAUUAUUGCUAAUUAAAUUAGUCUCAAACUUUUGCAGUGAA